AUGACUGAAGUUCAUGUAAAUCCAAAAGCCUGCCCCUUUAUGGUUGUCCACCUCACCAAGAAGCUACUAGACCUGGUUCAGCAGUCGUGUAAUUACAAGCAGCUUUGGAAAGGGGCCAAUGGAGCCACCAAGACCCUCAACUGGGGCAUCUCUGAGUUCACUGUGAUGGCAGCAGUCCCUGAGCCCCUGGACAUCAUCUUGCACCACCCGCUGCGGUUUGAAGACAAGAAAGUGCCUAAUGUGGUUGUGCGCUCCAAGUAGGCCCUGGGGCGGGCUGUCAUCACCUGUUCCAUCACCAUCAAAGAAGGGUCACAACUGAAGCUGCAGAUUCACUCCAUUCAGCAAUCCACUGAAAGGCUCUCAGUGUAA